CUUAGGCCAAAACAUAACAAGGGGUCCCGGCGGGGCUCAAACCUAGCGGGAAAUUUGCCCCAGAGCAAGGUAGAGAGACAGCACUUGCACUCCUCUAAGGAAGAAGGGGGUGAGGAGAGACAGAACCAAUGAUAGUAUAAUAAGCGUUCUGGAGAAACUUAGACUCCACCCCUAAUGAAGAAGGGGAAAAAGAAGCGGAACCUAGAGGCUAUGGCUCACCCCACCCCACCCUGGCUCGGGUUCUAGCCAGCCAAGACCUCCGGGCCAGGGGCAGUGGCCCAUCAGAAUCCCUUGUGUCCUGAGAACAGGCACAGAAUGGCCUCAGAGCAGCAGCCUACCUCAACGCUUCUUCCUAGAGAGAAGGAAAGAGAAGUCCUAGGAAAGGGGAACAAAUCUGAAGAGAAGGGACUAAUCCAACAGGGCCCAUAAUCCCAGCAGCGGCGCAGACCGACCGAUUCAAAGUGCACUUGGACCGCUUCUCUAGAGUUGAGCAGGGAACAUGGCGGCUCCCGAGGACGCCUCCGAGGAAGACGGAGUAGAGACCCAGGCGGGCGGGGGGACCUUGCCGCCGCUGAAUGUCUCCAUGGAGGUUCCCGCCGAAGUCGGGGUGGCCAGCGAGGCCUCCGCCAAGGUUGAUGGUUUGGCCCAGGUCGAUGGCACCGCCAAGGUUCCCGCCGAGGUCGGGGUCGCCGCCGAGGUCGAUGUCGCCACCAAGGCUCCCACUGAGGUCGGGGUCGCCGCCAAGGUCCCCCACAGGGUCAAUUUCGCCCUCGAUGUCUCCACCGAGGCCAGUGUAGCCAUCGAGGUCCCCGUCAAGGUCGAUAGCGCCGCCGAGGUCCCCCCCGUAUUCGGGGUGGCCACCGAAGUCCCCUCGGAGGUCCGGGUCGCCACCGAGGUCCUAGCCGAGGGCGACGUCGCCGCCGAGGUCGGGGUCGCGCCGGAGGUCGCGGCCGAGGUCGGGGUCACCGCCGAGGUCGCAUUUCCCGCGGAAGAAGAUGACUCCUUCGCAAACCAGUUGACCCCCUACCACACCCACUGGGUGGGACACUCCAAAAACCUCGUGGAACUCGCACAGCAGGUGCAGAAGGCUGAUGAAUUCAUCGAAGCAAAUGCGACCAACAAGCUGAUAGUUAUAGCUCAGCAAAUCAGUCAUUUGCAAACACAGGCCAGUAAGAUAUUGGAAGAGGCCCAAAGGGAUGCUGAACUGCACCAUGCCGCUUGCAAUAUGGUGAAAAAACCUGGAAAUAUUUACUACCUCUAUAAACGGGACAACGGGCAGAAAUACUUUUCCAUUAUUUCACCAAAGGAAUGGGGGCCAAGCUGUCCGCAUGAUUUUCUUGGCGCCUACAAGCUUCAGCAUGAUCUCUCCUGGACUCCGUUUGACAGCAUCGAGAAACAAGAGGCUGAAAUCGGCAUCAUGGACAAGUUUUUGAGCCAGCAGAUGGCCCUGCCCCAGUGUACCGAGCCCAAUUUCCAGGGCCUCACCUAGUGACCGUGGACAGUGCCAAAUAGGAUGUGGGCCUGGCUAUUCGGGUCUCCUUAGCUUCCCUAUGUCCUACUUACUAGGAGUUAUGAGAAGUGAGAUGUGAUGUACACAUGAGUACCUUGGAUGGAGAUCCCCCUGUGUGAAUUGAAGUAUAUUUAUCAACUCCAUUUCGGGCUGCACACUCCCUGCUUCAGAGAAUCCCCAACUAAACACACGUGGACCAGUAACCAUUAUUACACAUCCCAACUCACCCAAACAGACAGAAUCCAUCACUGUAGCUGAACUUUAUAGGAACUUCGUAGUACAGAGAAGAAAUGUCACUUCUUUAAAAA